AUGUCCAUAAUCGAUACAGUGGUUGUCUUACGAUACAUAAGACUCGUUAUGUGCAUCUGUGAUACAUUGAUGACACUGUAGCUGGCACAUAACACCCAAAUGCUCAUAUGUCACAACAAAGAAAUAUGGGAAAGGUUAAGUCGUUUUUCAAAGUGCUUUCUUGCCCCAAAAAAUCACAUAACACAAAAGGUGAGGGGCGAAAGCGUUUACACAUUAAACUAAGUAACCCAACAGAUGUUAAGAAAAAUAAAAGUGACAUUGGAGCAUCAAAUAUCGAAUCUGGAGAUAAUUUUAAAGAGGUAACAGUGGAGAAUUUUUCAUUCUCUACACCAACUGUCGCAAUCGACGUCGUGGAGAAUCAUGGUACAACAGCGUUUGAUGAUCCAAAGCAUGGAUUAGACACAGAUAUGCUGUUAUUUCAACGACAAUGCGCAUUCGUACAGGCUUUGUGUAAUACAAUUCGAUUGAAAGUAAGGCAUAACCUUAUUGUUGCACUAGUCUGCUUACACCAAAGGACGAAUAAGGUACAUUUACUUAACUAUUUUAUUAAGAAAGUCGUUUUUGUAUUGAAGAGAAAUCAGGAAAAUAUUGCAAGGUAUGUAUGUGCAUUCGUAUCGCUACCGAAAUACAGGUUUGCAGUGAUUGCUAUUAGACAACAUAAAUUGAGCUCAAUAAAAUACCAGGCCAUCCAUGGCGCGGUAACAACCAUUUCCCAGAUAGUGUUAUGUAAGCAAUAUAAGCUAAAAUAUCAAGGAUUAAAUGCCCUUGUAUUAUAUGGUCGAAAUAGCAAGUUCUCUUGUACUGCUCUUGAGAACAAAGUAGUGGUAACUAACCAUAACGACUCUAAAGUUCAGGCAGGUCGCAAAGCAGUGUGUGAAUCGUUAUCAGUUUCGGUCGACGGCAAUGUUGCAAAUGUUAACACGUUAGCUAACCCACUUACAUCUUAUCUAAAUGAGAACGAAAAGCUCUUGCAUCCCACAAAGAAUAACCAAUCAUGUGCUAACUUAAUGACGUUCACCAAUACAUCUCAAAUCAAAAUCAACUCAUGUAUGAAACCCACAACUUCAUUGCCUAAUUCGCCGCCCACGGACAUAUAUUCAAGCGAAAAUGCUAUGACUAAAAAGAAUAUUGGUUAUAAUUUGUUUCAAAAGGCGAUCAAAAACAUCAAUUUUUCCAUGCCUGCAGUAGUAGAGCAAAAGGAUAACCUCAUAUGCGACCUGGAAUUUUUUACCGCUGAACCUUAUGCAUCAUAUGUCAAAAAAUCAAUGAGAUACUCGAAUAGUCAAGACCAUGAUAACCAUUUGUAAGAUACUGAAGCGCGUUUCAUUCAGCCCAAAGGCUAUUGAACGUUUGGAAAAGCUCGCCAAGAGUUAUAUGAAUAAGAAUCUAGUUAUAUCAGUAACAGGCGGAGGUUGCUCUGGAUUCCAAUAUCAUUUCAAUCUUGUAGAAGAUACUGGAAAACUGAGGUGCAUAUUCGACCGUGAAAAGUGUAUGAAGGUCUACAGUGAUGAUCCCAGUUUGGACCUUAUCGCAUCUUCCACCAUAGAUUAUGAAGUGAAUUUGGUUGGUUCUAAGUUUGUGUUGAACGACAUUAAAAACGUCUCUAAAAGAUGUUCUUGUGGUAACUCUUUUGACCUGAAAGAUUAG